CCAGUGAGUGCUGCUCGCAGUGUCCCCGGCCGCUUCACACUUAUAGGUGGGGCGAAGGAGGCGACAGGACGGCUCUGUCAAGAAGUUUUUCGACUUCACACUGCCGCGCGUGCAGCGUCUUAUUUUAUCUGCUAAGAAAUAUUAGAGAAACUACGGAGGAGAGGUGGCGCGAUAAAGGGAGAGUGAGGCGGAAAAGGAGCCAGCCAUGGACGGUGUGUAUGGAUGGGGCUUGACCCCUCUAAACCCAGUCCAAACUGCGAACCCUUACAUAGAGAUCAUCGAGCAGCCCAAGCAGAGGGGGAUGAGGUUUCGGUAUAAAUGCGAAGGCCGCUCGGCCGGCAGCAUUCCAGGAGAGAAGAGCAACGACACCACUAAGACCUACCCGGCCAUCAAGGUUCACAACUACAGCGGUCCCCUCCGGGUCCGCAUCUCGCUUGUGACAAAGAACCCGCCGUACAAGCCCCACCCCCACGAGCUGGUCGGGAAAGACUGCAAACAUGGCUACUAUGAGGCCGACCUGCAGGAGAGACGCAUUCACAGUUUUCAGAACCUGGGCAUCCAGUGUGUGAAGAAGAAGGAUGUAAAUGAGGCCAUCACUUGUAGACUGCAGACCAACAACAAUCCAUUUAAAAUUCCUGAGCCCAAGGUGUGGGAGGAAGAGUUUGAUCUGAACUCUGUGCGGCUUUGCUUCCAGGCCUCCUUCUCCCUGCCCACCGGGGAGCGAUUUUCUCUGGAGCCUGUGGUCUCGCAGCCCAUCUUUGACAAUAGAGCCCCGAACACGGCCGAGUUAAAGAUCUGCAGGGUGAACCGAAACUCUGGGAGCUGCAAAGGGGGGGACGAGAUCUUCCUUCUCUGUGACAAAGUGCAAAAAGAGGACAUCGAGGUUCGCUUCUUCCAGGACUCGUGGGAGGGGAAGGGCACCUUCUCUCAGGCCGACGUCCACCGGCAGGUGGCCAUCGUGUUCCGCACUCCUCCCUAUCGCGACACUAACCUCAGCGAGCCCAUCAAGGUGAAGAUGCAGCUCAGACGGCCCUCGGACCGGGAGGUCAGCGAGCCCAUGGACUUCCAGUACCUACCUGCCGACCCAGAUGAAUACAGGCUGAGUGAGAAGAGGAAGCGGACGGGCGACAUGUUCCAGAGCCUGAAGCUGGGAUCCAUGUUAUCUACCGUGCCUGUUUCACAAGAGAGGCGGCAGAUCAACCAGGCGCGGAGAACAGUCCCCGCUAAGCUGCCCUUAAUGAACACACAAGCAGUUGCUGAGGUGUCCGCCAGCAGCAGUGGGAUGAAAACCCAGACCCCCUUCUCGUACGGCCAACCGGGCCACCUGUUUUUACCCAAGGCGGAGGCGUCUUCAUCCGUCCCUUCGGCAACAAGCCAAACAUGGAAGAUGAUGGACAGUUUGAAGCUGGGCCCUCAGCCCAAACCCAACCCGGCCCCCACCUUCACCAUGAGCUCAGCGUCGGGCUCCUCCUCCUCUACCACCACCACCACCUCCUCCACAGCCAACCAGGACUACUCUACGGUUAACCUGUCAGACCUUCACGAGUUCUUCCCCAACAUCUCCUCUACCAUGGCCCAGGAGUCCGCGGCUCCUCAGGGGGCCCCCUCACAAACCGGGGGCUCCUUCCCCCUGCAGGAGCAGCAGUUCAGAGUGGAGGCCCCGCUGGCAGACGACGACAUCCCGGAGUUCCCCAGCUUCUCCGACGCCCAGGUCCCCGGCACCCUGGACAGCCUAAACAUGGAUGAUUUUGAGGACCUUCUGAACCCUGCGCCCGCUACGUCCAUGCUAUCCUCCUCCCACCACGGGGGCCUCUCCGGCUCCGCCCAGAGCAGCGCUGCAUCCCAGAACCCCUCCGACUCCGUCAGCAACCCAGGAAGCACCUACAUGAAUUACCCCAACAGCAUCGCUAACCUGCUCCGGAGCGAGGACAUGAUCGUCUUGGCGUCCAACAACAACCAGCAGCCCACGGUGCUGGACGACUUGGACGUCCUGAUGUCUGCCGACGAAGAGCGCCUCAUUUCCAUUUUUAACAGCGGGAGCCAACCCGGCUUCGUGUCAGGACACCCGACCUAAAGUUUUUCUCUCUUUAUAAACCGUUUUUAUAUCCCAACAGGAAGAGGAUGGACUGGAACGAAGAGACGGAGGUAGCAGAAGGUCUCGCUGUGGACAAACAUAGAAAUACUGUCACCGAAUUAAAAAAACCCCACAGAACUGUAUUUAGCUUU